GGAUACACACACACACACACACACACACACAACCAAGGGAGUGAAGACACCAACCUGCUCUGUGCACGAGGGGCGGUGGGAGUGGAGAUGAAAGUGGGGGGGCUGGGUCAGUACCAUAGACAGCUCUCUGGUAGACGCACGCUUGGCUUGCAUUCCUCUCCUUCACGCACCUUUUUGCGUGCAAAAAUACAUUUUUUUCUGAAAUGAGACAGCGCAGGGAUGUCAUUGAUCUAUUGAUGACUUUUACCUCCUGUUCAUCUUCGUUCAGCACGAGCGAGCAGAACGUUUUAGACUCCUGUUUGGACCUUAAGUUUUUAUGAGGAGUUUCCUUGUACGAUUCUGGACUGGGUUCUUACUGUUUUGUGCGCAUUUUCUGUUUGCACCUGGAUUCCUCUUUUUAUGUCGUGUUUGGGAUGGAGCCGACAGAAGCGGUUAAUAUCCUCUUUAUGAGGCAUAUAUAAGUGUCUUCAAUUCAACUAUGGAUCGAUGAUAGAGGAGCGUUUUCAUGGAACUUUUGCCACUCACUCGUGUGAUUUCUUUCACAACAUUCUGAUCGUGUAAUAUAAAAGUGAGCAGCGUUAUCUGGGCUUUUUCAGUACAAUGGCGUUGAGCGGAAACUGCAGGACUAACCCCAAAGAGCAGGUGUCGGUCCAGAAUAGUGUUCCUGACGUCCUGGAGCUCAACGUGGGCGGCCAGGUGUACUACACGCGCUAUUGUACACUGGUGAGCAGCCCGAGUUCUCUCCUCGCCAAGUUGUUCUCCAAAAAGGACGCCUCCAACGACUUAGCCCGAGACCCAAAAGGUCGCUACUUCAUCGACCGCGACGGUUUCCUCUUCCGCUACGUGUUGGACUACCUGCGGGACAAGCAGGUCGUCCUCCCUGACCACUUCCCGGAGAAAGGUCGGCUCCGCAAAGAAGCGGAGUACUUCCAGCUGCCCGACUUGGUGAAGCUUCUCAGUCCGGAUGAGGGGAAGCAAAGCCCGGAUGACUUGUUCCACAGUGAUUACGAGGACGGCUCCCAGGGAAGCGAGCCGCGCCACUGCCCGCCGCCCUCGCUCGUCCCCGCGGAUAGGAAGAGCGGCUUCGUCACGGUGGGCUACCGGGGGUCGUGCACCGUGGCCCGUGAGGCACAGAGCGACGCCAAGUUCCGUCGCGUGCCCCGCAUCCUCAUCUGCGGCCGAGUGGCCCUGGCCAAGGAGGUCUUUGGGGAGACCCUGAACGAGAGCCGGGAUCCGAACCGGACCCCGGAUCGCUACACAUCCCGUUUCUAUCUCAAGUUCAGACACCUUGAGAGGGCCUUCGACAUGCUGUCAGAGUGCGGAUUCCACAUGGUGGCGUGCAACUCGUCCGUCACCGCCUCGUUUCUCAGCCAGCACACGGAGGACAAGUUCUGGUCCAGCUACACAGAAUACGUCUUCUACCGUGGCACGUCACGUUGGUCGUCGCCUCCCUGCGACUGCUGUUGCAAGAACCACAAGGGCGACAAUGAGGGCGAGAGCGGCACCUCCUUCAACGAGCUUUCCACUUCCAGCUCAGAGAGCCAGUCCGAGGCCGGUUCUCCGCAGGGGACGGUCAUCUGCGGUCCAGUCAGCCGCCAGCCGCACCCCCACGCUAACGUCCAAACUUUGGACCGGCCUCUAAAAAAGGGGCCGGUCGCCAGGCUCCAGCAGUCGGAACAACGGCGGAAAAGCGACCUGUUGCGUACGCUCACCUCUGGCUCCCGCGACUCCAACACGUGUAAGAAGAGGCCACCCAAAGAGAAGCUGACGGUGGAGGAAGAGCUAGAUAGGUGCAUUCAGGACUUUCGCAAGAUCAAGAUUCCCGAUAGGUUUCCCGAGCGGAAGUACAUGUGGCAGGCGGACUUGUUGAGAAAGUACCGCCUCUGAGCACGCAGUAAAACGACUGCGGAGGCCAAGGAUCUGUUUACACCUUUUGUCCAGCGAGACUUUGGCGACAAAGAUAAUUCAACUCAAUCAUUCACCAUUAUGCCAGGUGGUUGAACAGCGACAAACUGAAGCUCAAUAGAAGCAUUUAAAAAAAAACAAAUAAAAAAAACAGACUGUUCUCUUAUUGACGUAACGUAUGUAGUAUGUGUGUGCGUUUAGUUCCUCGCUCACUCUAAGUAUGUACUGUUACCUCGCUCAAAUGAGUUGAAUAAGAGCGAACCAAAGUGAGCCGGAAGACAGAUGAACCCGGAAGUGGAUCGGUAAUGGCGACACGGUGGGGUGAUGGUGGGUACUGAGAAGCACAAACUCAUCAUUUCCCUCACAAAACAGAAUGUUACUUUGAAAUCACUGAAAAUAUCCAUGUGAAAAGGCACUUGGAGGCAGGACAGCCCAAUUAGUUUCAGAGUUGGCAUAGGUGUUCCAUAUUUUUGUCCUUCUCGCCCCUUACGCAAAUAGCUAAAAAAUAUGUGCGCAAAUGACGCCCCUCACCUUUCAUGAAAUUGCCCGUAUUAAUUGUUUUAAACGACAAAUACACCUACAAUCCCCAUUCACACCUUUAUCCUUGAAAAUAAAUGGCUUACCAUCAAGACAUUUAUGUGGGGUCCUCGGUUUACGCGUUGUAGCCUGUCACCAAUCUAUGCUAGCUUGGUAGCACAGUUGUAAUUACAACAAAUAUUCAUACGAAACACGAAUACUUCAUGAAUAUGAAACAUGUAAAUGACAGUCAACAUGUCAUUUAGAAUAACAGUCAACAUGUUGAAAAGUGACCGUGCCUGUACUCUUACAGUAUGCUAACGAGAUCAUCGGGCGCCCUUCGUACAUUUAUAGCUUUGGUCUGUUGUAAAUCGAGGACCUCCCGUAUGCGUGAUCACAUUUAGUUCGAACCCGAGGUCACUGCUAUCUACGUCCGGGCCUGAUAAAACUCUCUUGGUAGCGCUUUCAGUCGAGUGGUGCUGCUCGGGUACCGCACAAACUGUCUUGUUUUUUUUGCGCACUUCAGAGGCGGGAAAUGUUACGAUUUCAUCAGCGACCCAAAUUAAUUUUCCUGUUCUAAUAUGAGUUCUAUUGCAAAGGCGCCCCCCCCCCCUCCGCCCCACGAGUGUAUCGCGGCGCUGUGAAUUGCUUUGGCUCCUGCAGAGCAAUUUCCGAGAUGGGCAAUAAAGCGAAGGUUUUGAUGGUCAAAUCAUAGAGAAAUACACGGGUGCAAUAAAAGUCCUGAUGGAGCACCACAUCCACCCACGCAAAUUUUUCCUUCUGUUCUAUUCAUGUUCAUGACUAGUUACAUUAUAUCCCCCCCCCCCCCCCACCAAAAUAAUGUCAGACACUCAAUAUUCAUAAGGUUAGCAAAACACUGUGCAGUUGUUAAGCAAGCACAUAGCACGAAAAGGACAUUUACUUAUUUCCCCAGAUGGUUAUACAGUUCUUUUCUGACUGUUGACAAGCCGAUCAAUAGUAAUUGACGAAGGGCUGCGGUGAGAGCGCCGAUAUGUGGUUCUUGUUUACAGUUAUGAAUGAGACCUGACAAAAACACUAUUGACAGGACAAGCAUUCGAUGUGUUUUCCAAUAACUUGACCAAAUUAAUUCACUUUUUUCCCCCUUUAGAACCCACGCCGGACUGGAAUGCUGAAAUUGAAAAAUGGAAAUAAAAGUGCCUGUUCAGUUUGCUUAUGGAGCUGAGAGGUGAAAUGUCUUGAGGCGCCAUCAUUAGGUUCACUUUUGAAUAAUACACAUUCAUAAAAGAUCAUUCGGAUUUGUUUGCUAGAGUGGCAAUCUAAACAUCUAACUGAACUAAAUUUGUUUAAAAAAAACACCAAAAAACAAUUUGGAGAGAGCAUGCAUUCAGAGCAGCAGAUAACAUUUAUAUCUAACUGUUGUUUUUGGAGCUAAAUGUACAAUCAAAGCUUGUUAUAAAUUGCUAGUUGUGAUUUAAAGCACAAAAAUAAGACUUCAUAUUUCAUUUCUAAAAAGAAAAAAAAUACUCAGAUGAUAUUACUAGUAAUUUGAAUCACGUAGAAUAUUAAUUUUUUCCUACCAAAAUAAAACCCAUUAUGUUGUCCAUUGAUUUAAACAAGUUCAACAAGGAUUAUUUUUUUUUACCUUUCAUCAAGAAAGCAGCGUAACAUACAGUAUGUAAAUAAAACCCAUAAAUCUACACAUAUUAAGUAUUACACUCCUUGUACAUAACAUCCAAAUCGACUGGAUUUCCUUUCGUCAUUACUGUGCUACCACCGUUUAAGUUUUUGUGGUAAACAUCAAAUUCACACCUAGCAGAACCAGAGGUUUUGGUGCUCCCUAAUGUCAUGCCAGUGGUGUCCCUUUUUUCUAAAAAAAUCUAUAUUUUAUUUCCAUCUGGAUGAAUUGAAUGGAUAAAAAUUAAUGUUCUCUUCAAGGGACUGAUAAAAAAAUAUAUAUUAAAAAAAAAAGGAUUUGAUAGUAUUGCCGUGCGCAUCAUCUGGGGGAGAGGAUGCAUCAUAUCAUAGCUUUCCUUUUUUUGCACCCUUUUAUGGAAUUCCUGCAACAGAAAGGGAUCAAUCAUUCAUGAAACUGUCCCCGAAUAGCAAAUUUUCAUGGCGAGAGGCCUUCGGGUCCCAAAGUGGAAAUCGGAUAGCAUCCAUAGAGGAAGGGAAAAAAAUGGAUAAAAAAAAAAAGAGAAAAAUGUGGCAUGAAAUCUUAAAAAAAAAAACAUGCCAAGGGGUGUUACAGAUGGACAUGAUCAUAAAAUGAACUCAUUUAUUCAAGAAGCUUCAUGAACCAAUUUAAUCCGAUGAUGCACAGACCCGUGCUAUGAAGUGUGUUUAAUCUCAGCGAAUUUCACUCACAAAUCAAUAAAUAAUGUACUUACAAAUAUAUGUAAAUAAUGAUUCAACGAAAGAAAAAAAUAUUUUACAUAGAAAAAGAAAUAUUGUUGGACUAAUUAUGAAUUUUAAAAAACAGUACAAACAAAAAUUCAUUGAUAUACCUGUAUAUUUUUUUAAACGUGCAAAUUUAUCAAUUACGAGAUCAUAAGGGAAUUUUACUUCUCGUUCAGCAGACGAAUGAAAUAAAAAACCUAAAAUUCUAUCCCUGGAUUAUUUUAGUGACCAGGCCUAAAUGUUGACAGUACAUAGAUUUUAUAAUCCAGUUAAAAUGGGACGGCAAAAGGCCAUUGACUCCGCACAUUGCUUUCAGUACAGCGCAUUAAACAAGUGCAACCCUCAUUUCAUGUAGAUUCUGUUAUUUGUAGCAUAGACAUAUUCUGCGGAAGCCGGCACAAACAGAAAGUCAUUUUACAGGUAUUAGGUUGUGUUGUAAUGGAGGUUAAAGAAAGGCCAUUCGUGGCUCCAGGGUGCGGGGGAAGCUGCACAAUCUAUGACGAAUGGCUUCAAUGACACGAAGGAACCAUCCAAUGUGGGCGUCGACAAGAAAUCGCAGCGUGUGCCUUUUGGGACCUGCGACCAAUCUUAUUGACUCAAGGCCCUUUAGUGCUCUUUAAUUGAGUUGAAGGCCAACCGAAGAAUCCCAAUUCCACAACUUGAAGCCGGGAGUCACAAUGAAACUCGGGAAAAAAAACGUAAUGGAUCCUGUCUGAGCCAUUCAGAGAAAAUCCAGUUUUAUUAUCAAUUUAUAUACACAUCCAAAUACACACACACUAUAGUUUCAUAUAAAAAUUACACCUUCCUGACAGCAUCAGCAAAAUGUAGUUAUUAAUGUUUAAAAUGAGUUUGUAAAUAUGGCAAUUUUGUCUCGGGUGGCGUCUGAGAAUCAACAUUUCAGUAUUGAUCACCCCGACGUUCCUUAUAAGCAAUUACACAUAUUGGCAUAAGCACUUCCCACGGGGUUCUGAACCUAUUGAUGGUUUUCGGACACAGAAGGAAAGCACAGCUCGAUUUCUCUUUAAGACUAUGUACCACAAUUAGCCAUCGGUGACACCAGUUUGUUCUGCAUGACACCAUUAUACCAGACAAUUAUCUAUUUGUGGCUUAUUAGUUCAAUAAAAAAAAAAUCCCACGUUCAGUUGUUGUUACAAUUCAAACAUGAUGGGGGAGAUUUUCAAGCAGUUUUCACAUAUGCAUUUCUGACAGGUGUGUAUUUUUUUGUGUGUGGGUGUGCCGUUUUGGUUUCAAAUGUUCACCUCGGAAUGAUCUGACAAGUCUGAACUAUAUUUUUAAAGUCCGAAAUACAGCAGAGUGACACCCGGAGGCCUUGUAGACAUGACUACAGAUCUUUUUGCACAGUCCUAUUAAAAAAACAUCGUAAUUGACUAAAAAGGACAUCAUCGUCUUCAUUGUUUUGCAUCGAGCCACGAGUGAUACGUCUUCCAUGUGACCAUCACACUCUCUGCUGACGAAGAAUUUUCUUGACUGGAACCCUGCUCUGGAGACCUUUUGGGACUGCAACCUGAAACAUUGUCGUUCGAAGUCAAGUGUGAAGUAUGAAAAGGUGUUUGUGAGUUUUUUUGUUUUUUUUUUUGUAAACUGGAAGUUUUGCCAGGCUGCACAAAGAUUCCAGUUCUCUCCUGCCUUUGACUCUCCUGUAAAGUAUAAGAGAAAAAUCACAUAAUGUUUGAAAGUCAAGGGCGUGACGUUGUGCCGUAUGUUUGUUCUGAUUCACACACAGACAGAGAAAAAAAAUGCUUUUGAAUUGUUGUGAGCAUGUUGGUAUUCAAAACUCUAUGACAGAUUAGUCUGUUGUUGUGAAGAAUCUUUUGUUCAUUUGGUCAAAACUGCUAUUAACAUUACAAACAAAGAAAAAAAAGAAGAAAAGCACAAAUAUGUUGAUCGUGUCUAAUGUUCCUCAACAGAUGUAUACAAUUAUCCAAUAAAAUUCCAACUCUGGAAUGGAUUGAUUGCGAUGUUCUUUUAUCACGAGCUAAAAUAGAACUGAACUACACAACUGUGCUAAAUUUGUCAAAAUGGAACAAUGUGAUUAAAAAAAAAUUUUUUUAUUGUUUUGAUUCCCUAAAUGUACCUCACAAUUUGAAAGUGAAUGUUGGUGAUGUUCCCAUCUGCCUUUAAAGACACUACAGAGUAUAUAUUAGUCACUUCAAAGUACAUCCAAUAAACAAAGACAGCCUGUA